GCCUCUUCCAACAGAUAAACAAAUUGCAAUCUGUCUAUACAAAUUAGCAUCUUGUGCAGAAUAUCGGGUUGUCGGUGAUGUUUUUGGUGUACAUAAAAGCACAGUUCACAAAUACUUUCAUUUAGUAGUGAGUGCCCUAAUACAACUGAAAAAUGAAAUGAUCAAGUUUCCAAAAUUGGAAGAGGCAUUAAUAAUUGCAAAUGAAUUCGAAAAGAAGUCUUGUAUUCCAAACAUUAUUGGUGCAAUUGAUGGUACCCAUGUUCCAGUCUUGCCGCCAAGUGAUGGAUUCUUAGAUUUUAUAAAUAGAAAAGGAUGGCCUUCGAUUGUAAUGCAAGGGGUCGUAGAUAACAACUAUUUGUUUACAGACGUCAGCGUGAAGCUUCCAGGUAGUACUCACGAUGCGACGGUAUUUAAGGAAUCAGGAUUAUUCAAAAACUCCUCAACCCGUAUUCCAAUAUACACAAAAUUGGUAAAUAAUAUUGAAACGCCUCUAUUUCUUGUUGGGGACCCUGCAUAUCCUCUUCUUCCAUGGUUGAUGAAGCCAUUUAUUGGCAACUUAAAUGCUGAAGAGGAAUCGUUCAAUUGCCACUUGAGUUCCGCACGAAUAGUGGUAGAAAACGCAUUCGGCAGAUUGAAAGGACGCUGGCGAUGCAUUGCAAAACGAAUCGAUGUCGACCCUGCUUUCGUUCCACAAGUUGUUCUGGCUUGUGCAAUUCUACACAACUAUGUUGAGCAGCAGAAGGAAUCAUAUUUGGAGUUCUGGUCCCAAUCCGUCCAAGAAGAUAUACAUUACCCACAGCCACAAGAUACUAUUACAAGUGAGAUGAUUAGCGAAAGAAACAUCCAUCCCAAAGAUUUGCGAAAUAAUAUUAAAAAUUGGCUGAAAGACAAUUAUCCUUUACGAACAUCACAUUUCUAACAAUUUUUUCCUACUCAUAAACAUUUCAGUUAGCGGAAUCAUACUAUUGAAUAUACUCGUAUUAUUAUAUUAAUUAUAUGUAUGUGCUAACCCCUAUUUCCUUAAUAUAAGAAAAUCGCUGUGUAAACUUUAACAAUUUCAAAACGUGUAUUAGAAAAUUAAAGAGCUCAUACAAUUCAUUAAUUAAUAUGAUUUAAAAAGUUAACAGCUAAUAUCAAGGUCAUGUUAUUUAGCUGGAGAUGACUGCGGUGUGGAUGCAAAAAUACCAUUACAUUCCGGAGUUGGCGCAUCGGCUUGAGAA